CAUAACUUUUUUUCUCUAAGUUAACAACUAAUUUCCAGUCAGUGAGUAAUUUUUUUCCUGAAACAUCCACUCAGUGGAAAACAAAUGAAGAGGGGAAAAAAUUAAGUAAACAAAUCUGAAAACGAGGCCACAACACACAGAGAUGGAGGUGCCUCUACAGCUAACGGUCAAGAAAAGCAGGCACUUUCAGGUUUAACUCAAACAAAAUCGAGGUUUUUAACUGGCCCUGAUUGAGCCUCACCCAAUGAAUGACUUUCAGUGCCUCUGGCUCUUUGGGACUAACGGAGAGAAUUAUUUUUAGCACAACUAUUUGGAAACCUCUGAGAACUUGAAUCUAUUUUUCUGUCUGGUACCAAAGCAAGAUUUUCUCUGAGCUCUCAUGAAAGAUCCUCAGUGUCUUGUGGAUUUAGAAUUCUGGAGCAACCCACCAUCCCAGAGCAAGAGCCAAAGAUGUUUGUCUUGCUCUAUGUUACAAGUUUUGCCAUUUGUGCGAGUGGACAACCUCGGGGUAAUCAGUUCAAAGGAGACAGCUACUCCCCAAGAUAUAUCUGUAGCAUUCCUGGCUUACCUGGACCUCCAGGCCCCCCUGGAGCAAAUGGUUCCCCUGGGCCCCAUGGUCGGAUCGGCCUUCCAGGACGAGAUGGUAGAGACGGCAGGAAAGGAGAGAAAGGUGAAAAGGGGGCUGCAGGUUUGAGAGGUAAGACUGGACCACUGGGCCUUGCUGGAGAGAAAGGGGACCAAGGAGAGACUGGGAAGAAAGGACCCAUGGGACCUGAGGGAGAAAAAGGAGAAGUAGGUCCUGUUGGGCCUCCUGGACCAAAGGGAGACAGAGGAGAGCAAGGGGACCCAGGGCUGCCUGGUGUUUGUAGAUGUGGAAGCAUCGUGCUCAAAUCUGCCUUUUCUGUUGGCAUCACAACAAGCUACCCAGAAGAAAGAUUACCAAUUAUAUUUAACAAGGUCCUCUUCAAUGAAGGAGAGCACUACAACCCUGCAACAGGGAAGUUCAUCUGUGCUUUCCCAGGAAUCUAUUACUUUUCUUAUGAUAUCACAUUGGCAAAUAAGCAUCUGGCAAUUGGGCUAGUACACAAUGGGCAGUACCGGAUAAAGACCUUUGACGCCAACACAGGAAACCAUGACGUGGCUUCAGGGUCCACAGUCAUCUAUCUGCAGCCAGAAGAUGAAGUCUGGCUGGAGAUCUUCUUCACUGACCAGAAUGGCCUCUUCUCGGACCCAGGUUGGGCAGACAGUUUGUUCUCUGGAUUUCUCCUAUAUGUUGACACAGAUUAUCUAGACUCCAUAUCAGAAGAUGAUGAGCUCUGAUGAGGACUGCUGGUCUGAAUGUCCCAAGAUCCUUGUGGCAGACACACUGAUUUAAUCUGGGGCCCUGGAAGGUGGGACAAGCAGAAAUGAGAUCCAAAAAGACACCCACUCAGAUUCCAGAGAAUUUACAGAUAGUUCUAGCAGAAUUUAUUAAAACAGGUUGAACUACCAAACCAUUGAAACCACACCAAAAUGAAUUCUAUAAAACAAUAACCCCAGAUAUGUUUUCUCAAAAGUGAUGUUCAUAAAUAUUUAAACAAAUUAAAGACAAUGUUACAAAUUUUCUAUUAAAUUCCCUGAGUGCUAAAACCAGCUGGCAAUAAUAUUAUAUCAUUAAAUCUUCA